AUGUCACCACACCUCCAUGUCACCAUACCACUCUGUCAACAUACCACUCUGUCACCAUACCACUCUGUCACCAUACCACUCUGUCACCAUACCACUCUGUCACCACACCUCCAUGUCACCAUACCACUAUGUCACCACACCUCCAUGUCAUCAUACCACUAUGUCACCACACCUCCAUGUCACCUUACCACUCUGUCACCAUACCACUGUGUCACCAUACCACAAUGUCACCACACCUCCAUGUCACCAUACCACUCUGUCACCAUACCACUAUGUCACCAUACCACUCUGUCACCAUACCACUAUGUCACCCCACCUCUAUGUUACCACUCCUCCAUGUCACCAUACCACUCUGUCACCAUACCACUAUGUCACCACACCACUAUGUCACCAUACCACUAUGUCACCCCACCUCCAUGUUACCACUCCUCCGUGUCACUAUACCACUCUGUCACCAUUGUUAUCACGCACUAUGCCAAAUAUCCCCAUGGCACUACUCUACUGAAAUAA